AGUUACUUAACCUGGAAGUUUUUAUUACGCAACAGGAAUACCGGAACAGACGUCACAUGUUAUGACAUUCGUCCUCAUCUAGUCCUGUGGUCAUGUCUGUGUUUAGGUUACUGCUGGGGACUAGAACGUUGUUGCUGCCCCGACCACAAUUCCAGGGUCUGCGUGGCCACGUGAGGAUAUCCCUGGCUAGACUUUGCACAUCUAAAUGCCAGACGCCCUCCCAGAAGGGUCUUCGCUUUGGGUCACUGAGGUCUGUUAGCUCUUUGGCUGCUGCUGAGGAAUCCAGUGAAGAUGCUGCGCUCAAGUGGAUCCUCCUGCUUAUCCCAGUGGCCACGUUCAGCCUGGGCACCUGGCAGGUUCAGCGGCGCAAGUGGAAGCUGAAACUCAUAGAGGAGCUGGAAACUCGAGUUAACACAGCACCAGUCCCACUGCCAACCGACCCUGCGGAGCUCAGAACAAUGGAGUACUGUCCGGUGAAGGUCAGAGGUCACUUUAAUCACUCUAAUGAGCUCUAUUUGCUGCCACGUACACUGCUGGACCCAGAGAGGGAAGCUAGGAGCGCUGGCCAGCUGUCCUCCAGCACAGAGAGCGGGGCGCACGUAGUAACACCCUUCUACUGCACGGAUCUAGGAAUCACUAUCCUGGUGAACCGAGGAUUUGUCCCCAGGAAGAGGAUUAAUCCAGAAGUUCGACAGAAAGGGCAGGUUUCAGGUGAAAUAGAUCUUGUGGGAAUUGUACGACUCACAGAGACACGGAAGCCGUUUGUGCCUGAAAAUGACCCAGUUAGGAACCGAUGGCAUUACCGAGACCUGGCAGCCAUGGCACAAGCUACUGGCGCAGAGCCCAUCCUUAUAGAUGCAAAUCUGGGUAGCACUGUCCCAGGGGGGCCCAUUGGUGGGCAGACCAGGGUGACCUUGCGAAAUGAGCACAUGCAGUAUAUAGUAACCUGGUACGGGCUGUGUGCAGCCACAACAUAUUUAUGGUGCAAGAAGUUCAUACGCAGAGCAGCUGUAUAGCAGAGCGUAUACUGAGCCUGGCAUCCAGCACCUUAUAUAACAACGCAAGUCACAUCUGACCCAGUACAACCAGAACUACAUGCUGAGACAUGAGGCUGUGAUUGGCUGAAUUAUCAGAGAAUCCUCCCUAACCACAACCAGAACUACAUGCUGAGACAUGAGGCUAUGAGCGGCUGAAUUAUCAGAGAAUCCUCCCUAACCACAACCAGAACUACAUGCUGAGACAUGAGGCUAUGAGCGGCUGAAUUAUCAGAGAAUCCUCCCUAACCACAACCAGAACUACAUGCUGAGACAUGAGGCUAUGAGCGGCUGAAUUAUUAGAGAAUCCUCCCUAACCACAACCAGAACUACAUGCUGAGAUAUGAGGCUAUGAGCGGCUGAAUUAUCAGAGAAUCCUCCCUAACUACAACCAGAACUACAUGCUGAGACAUGAGGCUAUGAGCGGCUGAAUUAUUAGAUAAUCCUCCCUAACCACAACCAGAACUACAUGCUGAGACAUGAGGCUAUGAGCGGCUGAAUUAUCAGAGAAUCCUCCCUAACCACAACCAGAACUACAUGCUGAAACAUGAGGCUAUGAGCGGCUGAAUUAUCAGAGAAUCCUCCUUAACCACAACCAGAACUACAUGCUGAGACAUGAGGCUAUGAGCGGCUGAAUUAUCAGAGAAUCCUCCUUAACCACAACCAGAACUACAUGCUGAGACAUGAGGCUAUGAGCGGCUGAAUUAUCAGAGAAUCCUCCUUAACCACAACCAGAACUACAUGCUGAGACAUGAGGCUAUGAGCGGCUGAAUUAUCAGAGAAUCCUCCUUAACCACAACCAGAACUACAUGCUGAGACAUGAGGCUAUGAGCGGCUGAAUUAUCAGAGAAUCCUCCUUAACCACAACCAGAACUACAUGCUGAGACAUGAGGCUAUGAGCGGCUGAAUUAUCAGAGAAUCCUCCCUAACUACAACCAGAACUACAUACUGAGACAUGAGGCUGUGAUUGGCUGAAUUAUCAGAGAAUCCUCCCUAACCACAACCAGAACUACAUGCUGAGACAUGAGGCUAUGAGCGGCUGAAUUAUCAGAGAAUCCUCCCUAACCACAACCAGAACUACAUGCUGAGACAUGAGGCUUUGAGCGGCUGAAUUAUCAGAGAAUCCUCCCUAACCACAACCAUAACUACAUGCUGAGACAUGAGGCUAUGAGCGGCUGAAUUAUUAGAGAAUCCUCCCUAACCACAACCAGAACUACAUGCUGAGACAUGAGGCUUUGAGCGGCUGAAUUAUCAGAGAAUCCUCCCUAACCACAACCAGAACUACAUGCUGAGACAUGAGGCUAUGAGCGGCUGAAUUAUCAGAGAAUCCUCCCUAACCACAACCAGAACUACAUGCUGAGACAUGAGGCUAUGAGCGGCUGAAUUAUCAGAGAAUCCUCCUUAACCACAACCAGAACUACAUGCUGAGACGUGAGGCUAUGAGCGGCUGAAUUAUCAGAGAAUCCUCCCUAACCACAACCAGAACUACAUGCUGAGACAUGAGGCUGUGAUUGGCUGAAUUAUCAGAGAAUCCUCCCUAACCACAACCAGAACUACAUGCUGAGACAUGAGGCUGUGAUUGGCUGAAUUAUCAGAGAAUCCUCCCUAACCACAACCAGAACUACAUGCUGAGACAUGAGGCUAUGAGCAGCUGAAUUAUCAGAGAAUCCUCCCUAACCACAACCAGAACUACAUGCUGAGACAUGAGGCUAUGAGCGGCUGAAUUAUCAGAGAAUCCUCCUUAACCACAACCAGAACUACAUGCUGAGACAUGAGGCUGUGAUUGGCUGAAUUAUCAGAGAAUCCUCCCUAACAACAACCAGAACUACAUGCUGAGACAUGAGGCUAUGAGCGGCUGAAUUAUCAGAGAAUCCUCCUUAACCACAACCAGAACUACAUACUGAGACAUGAGGCUGUGAUUGGCUGAAUUAUCAGAGAAUCCUCCCUAACCACAACCAGAACUACAUGCUGAGACAUGAGGCUAUGAGCCGCUGAAUUAUCAGAGAAUCCUCCCUAACCACAACCAGAACUACAUGCUGAGACAUGAGGCUAUGAGCCGCUGAAUUAUCAGAGAAUCCUUCCUAACCACAACCAGAACUACAUGCUGAGACAUGAGGCUGUGAUUGGCUGAAUUAUCAGAGAAUCCUCCCUAACCACAACCAGAACUACAUGCUGAGACGUGAGGCUAUGAGCGGCUGAAUUAUCAGAGAAUCCUCCCUAACCACAACCAGAACUACAUGCUGAGACGUGAGGCUGUGAUUGGCUGAAUUAUCAGAGAAUCCUCCCUAACCACAACCAGAACUACAUACUGAGACAUGAGGCCAUGAGCGGCUGAAUUAUCAGAGAAUCCUCCCUAACCACAAUCAGAACUACAUGCUGAGACAUGAGGCUAUGAGCAGCUGAAUUAUCAGAGAAUCCUCCCUAACCACAACCAGAACUACAUGCUGAGACAUGAGGCUAUGAGCGGCUGAAUUAUCAGAGAAUCCUCCUUAACCACAACCAGAACUACAUGCUGAGACAUGAGGCUAUGAGCGGCUGAAUUAUCAGAGAAUCCUCCCUAACCACAACCAGAACUACAUACUGAGAGAUGAGGCUAUGAGCGGCUGAAUUAUCAGAGAAUCCUCCCUAACCACAACCAGAACUACAUGCUGAGACAUGAGGCUAUGAGCGGCUGAAUUAUCAGAGAAUCCUCCCUAACCACAACCAGAACUACAUGCUGAGACAUGAGGCUAUGAGCGGCUGAAUUAUCAGAGAAUCCUCCCUAACCACAACCAGAACUACAUGCUGAGACAUGAGGCUAUGAGCGGCUGAAUUAUCAGAGAAUCCUCCCUAACCACAACCAGAACUACAUACUGAGAGAUGAGGCUAUGAGCGGCUGAAUUAUCAGAGAAUCCUCCCUAACCACAACCAGAACUACAUGCUGAGACAUGAGGCUAUGAGCGGCUGAAUUAUCAGAGAAUCCUCCUGUUACAGAAGCAUUAGUUAUUUUGUUGUGAAGAGCUUAUUUCCCAGCAGCAAUGCCUGAACCAGCAAGCCAGCGCCUAAGAAGGGCUCCAAGAAAACUGUAACAAGUAUCAUUUCAUAAAGAGUUAACUUUUUAUUCAGCUUUUAGAAACUAUUGCCUAAAUACACGUUUGCUGGCCUCAGCUCUAAAUUUAGUGAUAACCAAUCCCAUUGUCUAAUCACCUCUGGAGCCAGACUGCUAAUUGAUAAGAUGAACUUGUAAACUUGUUAUCUUAAGUACUGUAAUCCUAUUGUGGCCUGUCAAAGGACAGUGCUCUCUAUCUAAAUGUGUGAUGGCGGAUUUUGUGCUUCCCCCCCCUCUCCCCCUGGGAGUGCCCUGUGUGCAUGUAACCUUAAUAAAAAGCAGGCUGGGCAUCCCAGUCCUGAGUUCUUGUUUGACCCUCAA